AUGUCGACCUCUUCCCUCAUCCGCGUCGCCGCUCGCGGCUCGACCACCUUCUUCCGUGCGAACCCCGUCCGCUCGACCCAGCCUUUGAUGGCCCGCUCCGCCGUCCUCCUGCCCACCAUCGUCGCUGGCGUCCCGGCCGCCAACAACUUCAGCACCAGCACCCGCAUGCGCUCCAGCGCCCACGAGGAGGAGACCUUUGAGGAGUUCAGCGCGAGAUUCGAGAAGGAAUUCGAUGGCGUUCAGGACGUUUUCGAGCUUCAGCGCAACCUCAACAACGCCUUCGCCUACGACUUGGUUCCCUCCCCCGCCGUCGUCACCGCCGCCCUGAAGGCUGCCCGCCGCGUCAACGACUUUGCUACCGCCGUCCGCAUCUUUGAGGGCAUUAAGGCCAAGGUCGAGAACAAGGGCCAGUACGAGCAGUACCUCGAGGAGCUCAAGCCCCUGAGGGAAGAGCUCGGCGUCACUUUGAAGGAGGACAUCUACCCCGAGGAGAAGAACUAA